UCGGGGUUAAGAUGGCAGACAUGCCGCUGGAACGGCGAUAGUAUGGAAUUGUAUGAGUUUACGUUUUAGGUGUGUCUUUUUAUUUUAUCGAAUUAUGAUGUAUCGCGAAAUCUUUGUUGGUAGUUUAUAUGGGCAAAACAAUAUUUUAUUGCAUUGUUCUGUCAAUAUUUGUGCUAGAGUUAGGUAACGUAAGUCUCGAGACAUAUGUAAAACGGUGAUUGAAAUUUUUGUGUUAGGUGCAUAGUGAACGGUCGGAUUCUUGUUAAUGGUAAAUUAAAAUGUGGAAUAUGAUGUGCGACGUGAUGCCUACGAUAUCUGAAGACAGUAUCAGCCAGCGGAGUUCGCAAUUCUCAGGUGAAGAUGCGAACUUCGAACAGCUUAUGGUUUCUAUGUUGGAUGAACGUGAUAAGUUGGUGGAGAGUUUGCGGGAGACUCAAGAACGUCUAGGAGAAAAUGAACUGAGGUUGAAAGAAGUCGAAAAAGAGAGGGACUCGCUGCAUCGACAGAUCGCCGCAAACUUACCUCAGGAAUUUGCGACGCUGACCAAGGAAUUAAAUCAAGCACGGGAACAGCUGUUGGAGAGAGAAGACGAGAUCUCGGAGCUGAAGGCAGAACGAAACAACACGAGGCUACUGCUGGAGCACCUGGAAUGCCUGGUGUCGCGGCACGAGCGCUCGCUGCGCAUGACGGUGGUGAAGCGGCAGGCGGCCGCGCAGUCGGGAGUCUCCUCCGAGGUCGAGGUGCUCAAGGCGCUCAAGAGCCUCUUCGAGCACCACAAGGCGCUCGACGAGAAGGUCCGAGAAAGAUUACGAGUGGCACUAGAGAGAAAUACAGCCUUAGAGGAGGAGCUAGCACUAACCAAAGAAGAGUUACAGCAGUACAAGUCAACGAGUCAAGAGGGCGACAAACCAAAGGAAAACGGCACCGUGUCGACCGGCUCGCCAGAACAAAAUGGAGAACUACAACAGACUAAGGAGCCACGUAGUGUUAAUGGUGACUCGGAGGGCCAGAAACUAACAGAGCUACAAAACACAAUAGCUAAACAGUCCGCAGAGCUCAGCUCCUGGCAGCGAAGAGUGGCAGAACUGAGCAAUAAGGUGACAGAGCUAGAAGACAAACUGACCAAAGGGGAGAAGGAACUGGCUAAGAAGCAAGAGGAGUGCUCUAAGUUGCAGCGGGACUUGAGGGAGAAUGUGGCACAGAAGGAAGAUCAGGAGGAGAGAAUAGCGACGCUGGAGAAGAGGUAUCUCAACGCGCAGCGCGAGUCCACGUCCCUCCAUGACCUGAACGAGAAGUUGGAACAGGAACUGCAGCACAAACAGGCCCAACUGAAACUGCAAGAAGAGAAGAUAGCGGCCAUCGAGGAGAAACUCGAACUGUCCACGCAGAAGUUGGCGCAAAUGUCGUCGCUGCCCGAGAUGGAAGAGCAACUCAAGGCACGGAUGGAGGCACUCAACCAGGACCGAAGUAAAGCCAAAACUUGCAGUGCUCAAGAGAGGCACGGGUCAGCGGAGGACCGCAUACAGAGGCUCGAGGCCAGUGUGGAGGAGAAGAACGCGGAACUGAUGCGGCUCAACCAGCGGCUGAGGAUGAACGAGGAGCACAACACCAGGCUGUCGGCCACUGUGGACAAGCUACUGUCAGAGUCCAACGAUAGAUUGCAAGUACACUUGAAAGAACGGAUGCACGCGUUAGAAGAAAAGAACGCACUAACGCAAGAGCUGGAGAAGACUCGCAAGUACGCUGACGACCUUCUUUCGGAGAAACAGGAGAUCCUGAAAGAGCUGGCCAAGUGGCGGAUGGAGACAGAGCAGCUUAAACGUCAGAUGCUUCAGCAAGAGAUAGCGUUCAACAUCCAACAGACGGACGCACUCACUCGCUCGCUGUCGCCCGCACAGCCACAACCGCCCGCGCCCGCGCCUGCUGCGCUCUACCAAUCAAAGUUGGAUGGGUCGUGGGAGAAGUUACAACAAGCGCACGUACUUGCAAAUGUGCAGCAAGCUUUCGACGUAUCGAGCGACGCUGAGAACGAUGAGUCGGACGGCGCCGAGGGUGGACAUACGGACGCCGCGGCCCUGGCGCUCAUGCUGCAGGAGCAGCUGGACGCCAUCAACACCGAGAUCCGGCUGAUACAGGAGGAGAAGCAGAGCACCGAGGCCAGGGCAGAGGAACUCGAGUCUAGAGUCGGCAGCUACGAACACAUGAACGUGGUCUCGCGCAGGGCGGAGUCUCCCCCGCCCGCCGCCUCCCCCUCGAGGCCCCUCCUACAGACACAUCACAAAUAUCACACGGCGCCCGCGUCGAUGUCGCCUGCGCACGCGCACUACCGCGUGCCGCCGUCCGACAGUCUGCCUGCCAGCCAGUUGCAGCUGUGCGAGGAUAAAGUGGGAGGAGUUUCCGAGGGGGCGGAGUCUCCGCUGACGGCGCGCUCGCUGAGGCUGGAGCGAGCCGCGCGAGCCAUACACGCCGAGCGGGACCGGCUGAGGACACACUACCCGGCCACGUACGACUCCAGUUCGAGCCAAGAAUCCCUGGGCGGUGCGACCAGUAGUUGGGGCGGCGGUGCCUCCCCUGGUCUCCCGCGAGGAGUGUCGUCUGCAGCGUCUGCGGUGUCCAUAGCGUCCAUGCACCAACAGAAGAAGCGCGGCAUCAAGAGCUCACUGGGCCGACUGUUCAGUAAAAAGGAUAAAGCGGGAUUACCGGUCCAGAGCGGUAGAACGUUAUCGUCGGUAUCAUCUCUCGGGCUUUCUUCCUUAGCGGAUGACGAUGGCCAGAUCUCCGGCAGCCAACCCUCGGCGCCAAUGCAGCAUCAGGACUACGCGCGCACCAAAACGAAGGACCGCGACUACCGCCACGAGCUGCUGGGCGAGGCCAUGCGCGCCGGCACGCCGUUCGCGCUGUGGAACGGACCCACCGUGGUGGCGUGGCUGGAGCUGUGGGUGGGCAUGCCGGCCUGGUACGUGGCCGCCUGCCGCGCCAACGUCAAGUCGGGCGCCAUCAUGUCCGCGCUCUCCGACCAGGAGAUCCAGCGGGAGAUCGGUAUAAGCAAUCCUCUGCACCGGCUCAAGUUGCGGCUGGCGAUACAAGAGAUGGUGUCGCUGACGUCACCGUCGGCGCCGCGCGGCACGGCGUGCGCGGCGCUGGCUUUCGGAGACAUGAACCACGAGUGGAUUGGCAACGUGUGGCUGCCCUCGCUCGGACUACCUCAGUAUAGAACUACAUUUAUGGAAUGUCUAGUGGACGCAAGAAUGUUGGAGCACCUCACCAAACGGGACCUCAGGACACAACUCAAGAUGGUUGACAGUUUUCAUAGGACGUCGCUGCACUUCGGCGUGGCGUGCCUGAAGCGCGUGGGCUACUCGGUGCGCGCGCUGGACGAGCGGCGCCGCCUGUGCGAGGUGGGCGUGAGGGACGUGCUCGUGUGGACCAACGAGCGGCUGCAGCGGUGGCUGCUGGCUAUCAACCUCAAGGAGUACGCCAAUAACCUGUGUGAGAGUGGAGUGCACGGUGCGCUCAUUGCGUUGGACGACAACUUCGACGCGAAUAGCAUGGCGCUAGCACUGCAGAUACCCACGCAGAACACGCAGGCGCGGCAAAUUCUUGAGAUGGAAUUUAAUAAUUUAUUAGCUUCGGGUACGGAACGCCAGGCGCGUCAGUCACAGCACUCCGCGGCGUCCUGACAUCACACCAUCAACUAGGCCCCGGGCUCCUACGGGAUGACCCCGCGGGCUCCGCGAGACUGUGACGUCUACCCGCGGGACAUCGGCUAGACCCCGUGCAGUCGGAACUAAGUGUUGUCAGUGUUGUGGCAAUAUUCGUUGCAUUGCAUGACGUUGUUUUGUAUUUCUAAGUGACGAUGACGAACUGAAUCUAUUUAAACGUUCCAAAAAUUAUUUUAUAAUUUAUUUAUUAGGAGAUGUUGUCUAUGGUUGGACUUCAAUUGUUACUGUAGUCUGAACCUUCUCGUUGGUGACAUUUUUCAUCUGUGACACGUUUAAAUUUGGAACUAGUCAUAGAAAUGUCGACGCUAAACAUGUCUCGGAUUUAAAAUGUCGCCAUUGUUAUGAAUUGUAUAUUGUGAGUUACGUAGCGUGAAGCUAUAUUAUAUACUCCGAUCACGUGAACAAGUGCUCUAUUUAGGAUUCCUAUGUACUUAAUACAAAUUGUAUUCCAAUAUUUAUACGAAAAUGUCGUCGCUUUAGCCUUAUAGAUUCGCGGGAAAUUUAAACUUUUAUAAUGCUAAUGAAAUAUAGUUAUUUAUAUUAACAAUUUAACCUAUGAUCUUUUUUUUUUUUAAUUUAUUCUAUCGUGACAGAACAAUUAAUAAUAGUAAUCUUAAUGUUAAGAAAUAUCCGACGAAUAUUGACCGAAUAACUUAGGCAUAAUGUAUUUAAUUGUUUGUCACUUGAAUGAUCUAUAAAUUAUUAUCUAAUCAGCUUAAUCUGUUAAACGUUAGCGCAAUGAAAUUUCACUAUCACCAAUAAAUGUUGAGAGUUUAGAUCAUUUAUGCGCCUAGAUAGACUGACAGCUGUAUAAACGUCGAAAAAAUUAGGCUUUAGAACUAAUCUCUAUUUUGAGCAAUCUACGCACACUAACACAAAGUGUCCAGUGUCACGCACACUAAACUAAUAUUCCUGGCCUGUUUUUUAUCUGUUGUCUAACAGCAAGAGACUCUAUCUAGACGUAUAAAUUAUUUAAGGUUGAGAGUUUAUUUCGUAUAUCUAUUUCUCAAAUGAUUUGAGUAUUAUACCGAGCAUUAUGUACAUUGUACAUAUUAUAACUUGGAAGGCGCCAUGUCGAGCAAAUUGAAAAUAUGAUUCUAGUCUCUUAAUUUUUUUUUUAUUUUACGUAACGUGUACCUACGUGCACCUAAACCACUUCGGCCUUGCAAAUAAACUUGGUAUAUAGUUAUACCUGAUAAUUAACCAAGGAUAUGCAAACUAUUUUCAAAUAGAUAUUUUGGAUUGGUUUAUAUUAUAUAUUAUUGGUAUAACGUUUCCCGCUUUUAUUUGCAAGGCUGCUUGACAUUCGGAAAACUUCAGAAUUAUCAUUGUAUUGAAAUAGUUGUCAGCGAUAUAGUUAACAUUUUGUAAAUUGUUGGUUUAUUAUCAGGUAUAGAGUUUAAAAAGUUGACCCCUUGUGUAUACAUAUUUUAAUACAAACUUUAUUAACUGAAUAAGUUUUUUUUUAUAUUCUAAAUUCUUGAAUUAAAAAAAAAGGUUUGACGUUUUUAAACUACUAACGUUGGCACGAGCCACGAAAUAAGUAUUAUUGUAACAAAACAUUAUCCAUUUAAACCUGUUGUUUUUUGGUGAAUCCCGGAAUUGUAGUUACAAGGGUCAUGGUCGCCAUUAGGUAACAAUUAGUGCUAACUGACAUUAGUAAAUAUUCUUUUUAACGCUUUUUGAUGAUUUAUCAAUGGUUUGUCUAUUCUCAAAAAAAAAAGAUUAACUUGUUUUGUAGGAUUUCUUAGACUUCCAAUUUUUGUAUAGUGAAAUUCAAAAUGGCGCUGAAAUACUGUGAUCUGAUUGGCCGAGUGGUCAUGCACAACAAAUGAAUGAAAUAGUGCAAUAAAUUGACUUUGUAUUUGUUUCGUUUUACUUUCGUUCCCAGUGAGUCUGUUCGCGACUAAUAAAUAGCUAAAGUGAUUUAACAGAAUCUAUUAUUAGCUAAUGUUGUAAAUACUAUGUAAUUAUAUUUAUACUUAUAGCAUACUUAGCUAGAAUGUGUUCAUAUUAGGCGUUCGUUUUAUAUAACAAUUAUUUAUUUACUAGAUUAUAUUAAUUUAUUGCUUUGACACAGUGUUAUCAGUAAAUAAAUAAAUAUUACCUCAUGUAUCCUAGCGGUUGUCGGAAAUCACAAUUUAAGAUGUAAUGCUCGGGCUAACGGGAUAACGACGGAACGUAAGGAAUUAGACAAAACAAAUACUAAUACAUUCCUUUGUAAAAUU